CCGCUGCCAUCUUGGAAUGAAAACGAGGCAAACAAAACAAAAGUCAACAUGGAGGCUUGCUUGGCAGUCCAGAGAGAAGUUGAGAAAAUAUUGACGAAAUUCAGAAGCAUCGAUGAACAUACCCAGCGAACGCUGGGACAGCUGAUAUCAGAUGUUCAAAGUAUACGUGAUGAACUUUCUGGAGUUCCUGAAAAUGCUGAACUUCCUGCAACCCAAGUGAUACUGCUGACACAGCUCUCGAAGAGAGUGAAAGAAAUUGCUGGUCGUAUUGGACUCGAACAUAAAGAUCUCCACAGUAGUGUCUCUAAAGUUGGCAAGUCGAUUGAUCGGAAUUUCGUCUCAGAUUUCGGCGCUGUUGUAUCCGACCCGACAUUUGAGGGACCAGAGAAGAGGAGCCAGUUGAAUGCUGUCAUAUGCGAGCAUUUCCUCAGGCAGGGAAUGCUAGACACAGCUGAACAGCUUAUAAGGGAUGCGAAUUUCUCACUGGAAAAAACGCAAAAGGAGCCAUUUCUGGAGCUGCACAGAAUACUCGAGGCUUUGAAGAAGAGGGAUCUGUUCCCUGCUCUGCGAUGGGCCGAAUUGAAUCGCGAGAAACUCAAACAACAGAACAGUUUGUUAGAGUUUAAACUCCAUCGGUUGCUGUUUAUCAGCCUCAUCAGUCACGGAAUCGAGAAGCAGUCUGAGGCUCUCAAUUAUGCGAGGAAUUUUGGACCAUUUGCGCAGUCGCAUUCUAAAGAACUCCAGAUCCUGAUGGGAAGCCUUCUCUACCUAAAGCAAGGCAUCCACAACAGUCCGUACUCCCACCUCCUGGACCCGAUUCACUGGGCAGACAUCUGUGACAUUUUCACCAGAGAUGCUUGUUCACUCCUGGGUCUUUCUGUGGAGAGCCCAUUGGCUGUCAGUAUCCGUGCUGGGUGCAUGGCGCUCCCACCGCUACUGAACAUCAAGCAGGUCAUGCAACAGAGACAAUGCUCGGGGGUGUGGAGUGCCAAAGAUGAGCUACCCGUGGAAAUUGACCUCGGUUCCGAGUGUCGGUAUCACUCCGUUUUUGCUUGCCCCAUCCUCCGCCAGCAGAGCACCGAGAACAAUCCACCUGUACGCCUUCUCUGCGGUCAUGUGAUCUCGCGCGACGCCCUAAACAAACUAGCGAAUGGAAACAAGUUGAAGUGCCCCUACUGUCCAUUGCAGCAGACAUCUACCAGUGCACGGACGAUCGUGUUCUGAACCGCCAUGUUGUAACAUGUGGUUCUCCGUUUUUUUCAGGCUUAAAUGUCCAUACUGUCCGGUGGAGCAAUCUCCAGCCAGUGCAAGGACUAUAUACUUCUGACAUACGAGUAGCCUCCGGCGUCUCUGCUUGGAGACUUAACAAAGGAGGCUUUUCAGUCUGGAGAUAUGGACACAACCAAAGAAAACUCCAGCCAGUCUCUGCCUGGAGAUUUGGGGUAAGGUGGAGGCAUCUCCUGUGACAGAAAAGAACUGAAGCAAACUCCAGCCUGAAUAAAGACAGUAAUUCUGACAUACUAGUGUGUAAAUCUUCACAGUCUCUGCCUGGAGAAAUUACCCGACCCUGUCUGGAGAUACAAACACAACCAAAUCACUCUCCAGCCAGUGUAAAGACCUUGCCUCAGACAUACUAGUCUGUUCAUACCACAGUCUCUGCCUGGAGGUUUGUGAUAAUGAUUUAACGGAAUUGGUGUUUUCAAAUUUUAAACAGUUGAAUUUGAGGUGUCUUUUGCAGGUCUGUUUACACUGUGCAGGGGGCAAUUUUACACUUGGUCUGAAGAAAAAUGUUCAAAUAUCAUGCAAAAAUAUCAUGAAAAAACCAGGGUGGAAAUGCCUGAUGUGUUAGGACAUUGAAGUGUUGUGGUUCAGGACUUGUAUUGUAAAUAAAUAUUUAAUUGUCGUUCACGCGAGAAUUUUUUAUGAUGUCACCCUGUAGACUCAGUCUGCCACCUUGCCGAGAAUCUUAUCUUCAGGAGAAAACAUCUUGGGGGUUUAAUACUAAUUCUUUCAUUGGUGUCUUGAGAACCAAUCAUUAAAAAAGCAUUACCUUAUUGGAAGAAUGAGGCAAAGCGAAGUGUGCAAUAAGCUGAGAGCUGUGAGAUGUUUGAAAAUUUGUGACGGCAGUGUGAUGUAAUCAGUUGUAAAAAAAUCAGACAGGUUGUGAUUAAAUGGUAGACCUACGAGUGCAAAGUUCUUGGACCAGCUACUAGAUGGCGCUGGAGGGUGUGAUAAACAGUCAACAUUGCAUAAGUCAAGUCAUCUGGGCGAGCAAUUUUGAUCCGAGUUUCGCAAAAUUUGAAAUGUGAUUGACAUUCAAAUGCCAUUCAGCAACAUAAGUGGAUCAGGGAAAUAGAAAUGCAGUUAUACACAAUGCCGUGGUGCAGUUAUCAUACAUGCAAAUUUGCUGAAACUUGGUAUGGAUAGUAUUUGUAUAGCUGUCUACACAGCGGCGCUGUUGAAAUUUAUACUCGAUACGUAUUUAUGCAAUGGGAAAUUUUCAAAUUCAAUUACAAAUUUCAAAUUUUUAAUGAACGGCGUUGGCCUUUAAAGAACUUUGCAACGUAACCUGAAACUUUGGUCGUGCGAAAUUGCCUUUAACCAUAACCAGUCUGAAAGAUUUGGCUGUCAUUAUGGAAAAAUGUUGUGUUGCGUCUUAUUAUCAUAUUAAUCAUGUUUUGAAAUGAAAUGUAAUACACUGUAUAUAAUUAUUGCAGAUGAUUGAAAUGUCAAUUAAAUUGGUUGACCCAACAUUAGGCCAUGCUUAAAAUAUUGUUUGUUUGAUGUGACCCUGCCUACCGGUAGAAAACACCCCCUACUCAAAAAAUAAACAAUCUGAGUCAAGAAAGAAGAAAA